AUGGCCGUCUCCGGGGACCCGAAGCUUCAGCUCCUACUCCUGCCGCCGUUCGCAUCUCAUCUCAGGUCUCCUUCUCGGUCGGCGUUCCAUCUGCCCUCAUCUUGCUCCAAGGUAAGUUUCUCUACCGAUCUGUCUUCCUUCUCCUCGCUAUAUCCUUUCCCUGUGAUGCGGGAGGUCGUGUUCGGUCUUCUAGGUAGAAGAUAGAGGCCAUUUCAUUUUCUCCUCCCCCCCGCCGCCGCCAUUUCCUUUUACGAUGAGGUUGUCAGUUCGGCCGCAUUCCUCCGAUGCUUGAAAAUUUUAUCGGUCGAUUCUCUUAUCCGCUCAGUUGGUUAGUUUUCUAAGGUGAGAAAUCAUCGACUGCGUUCUAGGGAAUGUUCUUCUGAAAAUUUUUAAAGUCUUCUUCUACUCGAUCACGAAUUUUGUCAUUUCCGGGAGAAGUAAAGUAGAUUGGAUCGGGCUGAUUCCUAAAUUCUCCCGUAGAUGAUUACUCACCUGGUGCAUGUCUUCUACCAGUGUCGGAUAAUGUAGAUCCAGUGGAAGAGUGGUAGGAGGAGGAGUAUGAACAUGGUGAACGUUAUACUCUGACAAUAUUUCACUGCGAAUCUUGUGGUACCCUUUUUUUCUCAUGCUCGGUAGUCCAGAGGAUUUGCUUGGUGUUUGCUUGGAGAGAGAAAUUGAUGUGAACAUGAAUGGUAUCUGGGCUGGUUUGGCUCUCAUGGAAACAUCUUUCCAGUUAAAAUUUAUAUAUUUUUUAAUGUAGGCUGUGGAAUUGUGAAAAAUGAACGUGAAUAUUCGAUUUUAUGGAAAUUAUAAUGGCUGAUACUCUUACAAGGGGAUGUCUGAUAAAUAGCCCCCCACAUUGUGAACCAUGCAGCUUGAUUCUCCUCUGCUAAUUGUCCAUGGCACCUAUCCUUUCAUCUGCAUUCCUCUCUGUUCUUAGAAGGUGGCAGCAGAAAAUCUUCUUCAUUGCUCCAGACUUCAACGGUCAUCUUCAUCGAUUUAGCUCAAAAAUCUACUUCUCCCAUGUACAAUGCAGGUGAGAUUUGGCAGCGGCAGGGCGUCCCACAUCCCCUUCAUGAGAACCAGAUGCCGCUGCUCCGUGAUUGGGCGAAGAAACCAGUUUCACACGGCAACUGCUAAGCAAGAGACCGAGGGCUUCAUCCUUAACGCCGUGGCCAUGAAUUUCUUCGAGCGGCUGCACUUGGCCUGGCGGAUCCUGUUUCCCACUGCUAUGGCGAGGAGCAGCUCCAAUGCAAACAUUGCGAAGCAGCGGCUGAAGAUGAUUCUCUUCUCGGACCGAUGCGCAGUCAGCGACGAAGCCAAGCAGAAGAUCCUGAGCAAGAUCACUGAUGCCUUAUCAGACUUUAUUGAGAUCGAUUCUCAAGACAAGAUCCAGCUCAGCGUUUCGACCGAUCUUGACCUCGGCACUGUCUGCUCUGUGACCAUCCCCGUGCGCCGGGUCAAACCCGGGUACGGUGACGACGACGAAUACAGAGGAAUCACAAAUGUGGAGUACAUGGACACUGGGGAUGAAUCUGGCUUGGUCGACGUCAGGUUUGAGUUCUUCAUGCCGGGCGAGGACUCCUUUGGGCUGUGA